AUGAAGCUAAACACCGAUGCAAGUGUGGGCGAGGAGGGGUGGAUUGACCUAGGAGUUGUGGCCUGUGACUCGGCAGGUAGAGUAGCUUUCUCAGCUGCGCGAAGAGUUCGUGCGUUUUGGCCUCCUGAAGUGGCCGAAUGCAAGGCCAUUCAUAUGGCGGUUAGGCUAGCAAAAGCUCAAGGGUUAGCUAACGUGAUCAUUGAGUCCGACUCGCAGGUGGUGACGACAAGGUUAACAACAGCUGCUCUUUACUUUUCUGAUCUAGAUACUAUUCUUGGUGACAUUCUUGAGAUAUGUAAUGGUUUUAAUCCCAUUAGUUUUACUCAUGUCAAGAGGGAUGGGAAUACUGCUGCUCAUAAUCUUGCUAGAGCUGUGCCAUUUGGAGUAGAACAAUGUUGGGAGAAUCAUGUUCCUAGAGAUGUAGCUCCUUAUGUACUUAUGGACACUUUGUCCCUUGAUUAA